AUGUCAGCGUUUGCUGUGCCUGCGGCGCACCCUGCGAGGAGGCAGCGCCCGGCGCUAGGACUUGAUCGGCCGCUCGUUCCGCGAUGGAGUUCGAAACGGCAGGUGCUUUUUCAUCGGGGUCGGCCACUCGUGACCUUUCGGAAACAUUUACUAAGUGCGACAGAGAGAGUGUGUCUUAGUGAACAGAGGACGCCUGGCGUUGUCGGGCAACCGGCGCCCGAGACUUCCUGGAUGCAACGUGCCGCACGGGCGCUCUUGCUAGGUCUGGCGACGGUUAACAUAUGGACGCCACUUCUGCGUGGAUUCAGCCUCGGUGCCGGGCUGCAGGUACUGCUGGGAGCGCCAGCAGUGAGCGCGGCGAAAACACCGCAUGCACGCUACUCGCGCAAAACGCUGAGCGAGAAACUCGCGCAGGUGCCAGUCUUCGCGGUGACGAAUGAGUCUGGGCAACCCUUUUUAGCUGCAAUGGAACGUGGACUGCAAGUGGGACUUAUUUUCUUCGACCCAGAUGAUGCGAUAAAAAUGCUCGAGGACCUGAAACGGAGCUCCGGCAAAGAGGCAGAGGAUGCACGUAUUUUCAUUAUGGGUCUGGAUCGUGCCUUCGAAAUGGUGAAGAGCAAACCGCAGCCGAGCGGGCUUCGCGGACCCCGUGGCGAUGAGCUGAAAAUGGUCUUCCGUUUCUACCCCAAUCAACAACAGCUCGAGUAUGCGCGAACUGUGGCGAAGAAGACAAAACAACCCACUGUACGGGGCGUGCCGUGCUUCGUGGCAAAAGGUCUAACGCUCCGGAAAGGGAAAGAAUUCGUGAUUCCCAUUUUUCUGGACAAAAGGGAUCUCGAUGAGGCAUGGAAUCGACUGCGUCAGGAGCUUGCAGAGCUUCCCAAGCAGCCAGAGAUAGAGGUAGGCGACCUCAUCGAGGUGAUCCUGCGCUUAGAGGAGGCUGCGAAGAAUCCUAAGAGUCUGAAUGAGACGGAAUUACAGGAUCUGCGACGAGUGGCGUUCUUUCCCUCGUCAAAAAGUGUCGAAUUCAUGAAGAGGGAGUCCGCGAAGCAAUUCAAGGGCACUGCUCGAAUGCAUUCGAGGCCAUAA